AUGGCGUUCAACAAGGACGAAAUGCAAGCGCCGAGCUGGAUGGAUCGGAGCUUCUUCGAGAAGGUGUUGCGUCACUCGGCACGGGACAGUACACUCGCGGUGGAGGAUUUCCGCAUCGUGCCCGGCACCAAACCGGGCGACCAUUUUGCGAGCGUGAUCUUUCGGGCGAUCGUACGCCACAGCCGAUCGGCCGAUGAGGUGUCACUGAUCGUGAAGACGCUCCCGGCGGAGGACGGGCUGAAGAAGGACAUCCUGAAGGAUGGGUACGUGUUCGAGACGGAAACGCUCAUGUACAACACGAUUGUUCCGGCGAUGCAUCAGCUGUUGCAGUCCGUCGGUGACCAUACCGUACUUGGAGCGAGGCUUUUGUAUCACGAGAAAGAACCCAUCUGGGUGAUGGUUUUCGAAGACAUCACCAAAAACGGCUACGAAAUGAAGAUUAAGCAGCUGGAUUUGGAAGAGUCGAAAGUCGUCUUCGCCAAGCUGGCCCGAUGGCAUGCUGCAUCUAUGUUCCUUAUCGAUACGCAUCCGGAAAUGAAAACGCUCAACAAAGGCGUCUACACGCUGUUCGAGGAAAAUGAUCAAUUUUUGAAAAUGUGGCAAAGCAACGUUGCACUGCUGUCUUCGAUUGCAACUGAACUGCCCGGACUCGAGCAGUACUCCGAAAGAAUAGCGAACGUGAAGGAGAAAAUAUUUAAGCGUGCGUCCGCCAUCUACAGCUACGAUCCAACGUCGUACGUCCACGUGCUCAACCAUGGCGAUUGUCACUACAAAAACAUGAUGUUCAAACGUACCGAGGAAGGCAAGCUCGACGAUAUUAUGCUGCUCGAUUUCCAACUCAGCGUUUGGGGAACACCGGCGAUCGAUCUUAUCUACGCCAUGUACAAUUCGGUUUCAAUCGAUACCCGCGAGCAGUACCGCGACGAAUUGAUUUGUUUCUAUCACGAGGAACUGAUCGUAUGCCUGACAAAGUUUGGAUAUCUUCGCAAGUUUCCCACACUGCUGGAGAUCAAUUUGGAAAUAUUAAAAUGUGGACAUUUGGAGUUCCUGCUCGCGGCUACCUUCGUGCCGUUUAUGUGCGUAGAUAUAAACGACAUCAUGGAAAUGCCAAAGGAAGGCGAAGGGUUUGAAAUGGAUUUUGCUGACAUUGAAAAAAUGACGGAGAGUUUCCGGCAGUGCUUCCUGACACCAGUCUAUGUUGCAUACAUUACGAAAAAUUUACCGAAGUUCGCAAACAAAGGCAUGAUAGAUCUGGAAUGA